AUGAGAUGUUGGAGGCCGACGCUCGCAGUACUGCUUGGCCUUCGGUGUGCUUCAGGCCAAGUUAUCGGCAAGUAUCCGGAUGUCCAAUAUGAAGCUUUGCGAGACGACCAUUGCUUAAACCCGAAUGGGACUUCUGCCGCACUCUACUGCAGCACGAGCGUUGCACAUUCCAGGAAGGCUUGUGACGAAGCCGGCGGCAAGUACGAUGACAAGAUCACGGAGAGCAAGCAUGCGUGCAUCAAGCAAUGCACGACAGAGGGUGACCUUUGCGUAGGAGUGAGAUGGCAGGCCGUGUUCAAGCACUGCACCAUUUUGUACGGGACCUGCGAAGACUCGGACGACGGAGUCAACUUCCAGAGCGAGUACUGGAGGAAACUGAUUCCCUCAGACUUCGAUAUACCAAAGGUGGGCCUGUCCACCUGCAACGGGACGAUGCUGACCUGCAGUGAGGACGGCACAGACCCUUGCGAGGCUUAUGAUGGUUGCCUGAAAUUGUACCAUGGCUGUGGGGGCAAGCUGGUGCAAUGCAGCCUGGAUGUUUCUGGCGUCUGCAAGGGCACCCUGCCGUGUCACCAGCCAUGUACUGGCCAGCUGAGACGAGGCAAAGUAGACUGUCGAGAGCUUGACAGAGCUAGCUGCCUCCACAGCUUCGUCCAAAGAGGUGACCGGCUGGGCGAAGAGUGCAUGCUGGUUGACGAGAGGAGCUGCGUAGCCAGGAGAACUUGCGGGGUGAUUUACGAUGAAUGA